UGCAACGCGUUUGCAUUUUACACUGGGGAGGAGUACUUCUCUGGACUUAAAGAACACCCCAGCCGCUGCACUAAAACGCAGUUCUCCGCAGCCCUCUGAAGGUACACGGGUCCCGAGAAACUACACUGAAACCAAGAGCAAUAUUUACACUUUCUCAUUAUGGCAAACUACAUCCACGUACCCGAGGGAUCUCCAGCUGUCCCCAAAAUCAAUGUCACUGUAGACGAACACGACUUCAGAGCUGGGGCACUGAAACUUAUCAAAGAACUGAGACCCCGCUGGAAACCAUCAGAGGUCAAGAUCAAGUGCUUCACCGAUGGCAUUACCAACAAACUGAUUGGCUGUUAUGUCGGCGGUGUCACGGAAGACAUGGUCCUAGUUCGUAUCUACGGCAACAAGACGGAGCUAUUUGUGGACCGGGAGAGUGAGGUCCAGAACUUCAGAGUACUGCAGGCUCAUCGCUGCGCCCCACAGAUCUACUGCACAUUCAAUAAUGGGCUCUGCUACGAGUUCCUGCAAGGCACCGCCCUCGAACCCAAGCACAUACGCAACCCCCUCAUUUUCAGGUUAAUAGCCAGGCAGCUGGCGAAAUACCACUCCAUCCAUGCGCACAAUGGCUGGGUCCCCAAGUCCAACUUGUGGCUGAAAAUGGGGAAGUACUUCUCCCUGGUGCCCACCCACUUCCAGGACCCUGCCCAGAAUCUGAGGUUCUCGCAGGAGGUGCCCGGCAGGGAGUGCCUGCGUGAGGAGAUGCUGUGGCUGCAGAGGAGUCUGUCUGUGCUGGGCUGUCCCGUCGUCCUGUGUCACAACGACCUGCUGAGUAAGAAUAUCAUCUACAACCAAGGCGCAGGAAAUGUAAAGUUUAUUGACUAUGAAUACGCCGGCUACAAUUACCAAGCCUAUGACAUUGGGAACCACUUCAAUGAGUUUGCAGGUGUGGAUGAGGUGGACUACAGCCAGUACCCGGGACGAGAGUUCCAGCUGCAGUGGCUGAGGGUGUACCUGGAGGCCUACAAAGAGCAAAAAGGCCAGGGUACGGAGGUCUCCGACAUGGAGGUGGAGGUGCUGUACGUUCAGGUCAACCACUUUGCCUUGGCAUCCCAUUUCUUCUGGGGGCUGUGGGCUUUAAUUCAGGCAGAAUACUCCACCAUUGACUUCGAUUUCAUAGGGUAUGCAAUAAUUCGCUUUGCUCAGUACUUCAAAAUGAAGCCAGAGGUUACAGCACUGAACUCUCCCUAAAGGCAACGGCAACUGAAACCUCAACAGCCACUCACAAGUACAGCUCCCCCUGGUGGACAUCAUGAUUAAUAUAAGCAAUCAUGCCUGUACUGUAGAUACUGGUUUGCAUAUGGUUACAGUGUUCAGCUGUGUCAGCUGCAACUCAAAGCAUUGCCUGGUCAGUUCUGUAUAGCUAUAAUACAAAGUUAUCCCAUGGGCAGUUCUGUUUAGACUCCAACAACAACUCCUGCAUGGUCAGUUAAACUCCAGUACCCAGUACUGUUGGCCCUGUUUAAACAGCUCCGGGGGGGGUGGGGGGGUUGUGUUGAGCACUGUUGAAUAGGGGGAUGUAGGGUAGCGGUGAGUCUCAGUGUACUGGGGUAUGGUUUACAUAUUUUUACAGAUCCGUUCAAUGUGAUACACGUAUACUCAGAUGCCAUUUACUUGUUACACUAAUUGCAUGUCCUGUAUAAAUACAUUUAUACAUUUGCAUUUUUGUCAUACAUUGAAUAUUGCCAGCAAAACUGUGGAAGGAGCUGAGAUUUUGAGACCAAAGACCGGCGCAUGGUUGUGUUUCAGAAAGAUGGUUCCUGCCCAAUCAUCACUGGUCUGCUUGUUUCAGCUGUGUUAUCCAUCCCAGGGGGUGUCACUUCGAUUGUUCAGUUUCUGAACACCGUACUUACUCUUUUCAAUAAGAAAAUUAACCUGUAGAUAAACCCGCACCAAAGUGCUGGUAUAUUUCCUUGCAAGUGCACAUUUCUGUUCAGGAAUAGUGUAUACUUGUGAAAACUGCAUUUUUAUACAUACUGGAAUGAGAUUGUUUGUUGUGUGAAUGUACUGUAAAAUGACAGUGAUGGGCGAUUACAUGACAUGACGCUUAACGGGCACUCUUAUCCCUAGCAACAUACAUAGCUGACAAGUUUUACAUGUUAUCAGUUUAUACAGUUGGAUAUUCACAGAGGCAGUUCAGGUUAAACACCUUGCCUAAGUACACAACAGCUAGACCCCACCUGGGUAUCAAACGGGCAACCUUUACAUUACAGACCCUGUUUCUUAAGUACUACACCACAAUGCUGAUAGAUUAAGAAUUAGACAAGAGUGGUUUACAGCGUGAAGAGACCACCUUCUUGCUGAUCAAAAUCAGAGGAACAUACUAACUAUGUGGGGUAGUGGUUAAGGGAACUGGACUGUUUAUGAACAUGUGUCCACUAUACAUACAUUUAUAAAAUGUAUAAUCUGUAUGUAUGUGUAUGUUUACAUGUGGAUAAAUGUAUACAUGUACAUAUGUGUAAUAUAUGUACACUUUAAGAAUAUGCAACAUCUCAAGUUUUCUGUUAGUGUACAUAGAGCAAAUGUGCCAUUGAAAAUGAUCUAAUAUAAAA